CGGACCAAUCGGCGUUUGGCGUGACGCAGCUUUACGAUACGUUUCCACCAAUAGCGACGCGAAAGAAAUGAUGAAGAUGGCGGCACUGGCGGGGCUCGGUAGUUUUAGGGUGCUGAGCUUUUGCAGGCGGAGCAGCUGUUCUCUUGCUAUCUGGCAGUUAAUGACAAGUCCGUUCUGUGCCAUGAAAAACAGAGCUUGUAUGUCAAGGAUAAGAACACAGUGGAUAGCAUCCUCUGCCUCUGAAGAAACCCAAACUUAUUCUAGUAAUGGGCAGAUCUAUCUCAGUGAGAGCUGCGUGAAGAGACUGUUGGAGAUUGCAGAAGGGUCUGAGUUUCUCAGGCUGCAGGUAGAAGGAGGUGGUUGUUCAGGUUUCCAAUACAAAUUUUCCUUGGAUACAGUUGUCAAUUCUGAUGACAGAGUUUUUGAGAAAGGCGGUGCCAGAGUGAUUGUGGACUUGGACAGCUUAAACUUUGUGAAAGGAGCAAUGGUGGACUUCAACCAGGAGCUAAUUCGCAGCUCAUUCCAAGUAGUGAACAAUCCACAGGCAGAACAAGGUUGUUCUUGUGGGUCAUCUUUCUCAGUUAAACUCUGAUCGAACUACUCCAUGUGGACUGAAUGAUGAAGAGAAAAUCCUUUUAUUCUUUUUUUUCCUGUUCUCCAGUUCAGCUGAAUAACUGGCUUAGUGUGUGGUACUGCAUGAUGAAAGAAACUAUCUUAGCCAAGACUCAGUCAAGAACUGAUUUACCCAAGCCUGAAUGUAAAAAUGAAUUAAUCUCAUUUGGUGUCUGUGAGUCUCCAAGUCUUUGCUUUAGAGCAGGGGUCUCCAACCUUGCUAACUUUAAGCCUGGAGGACUUCAACUCCCAGAAAUUCUGGGAGUUGAAGUCCGCCAGGCUUAAAGUUGCCAAGGUUGGAGACCCCUGCUUUAGAGGACAGAUCUAAGCAAUCAGCUUUUGCUGUAAUGUUAUGAACUAUUUAUUUAUUAAAAUCUUUUCUGUUUUUUUUUAAACCUUCCAGUUGUUUACAGUGCUAUAUAAUGAGGUUUGUAUGAAUGUGGUUUCAUAGCCAAGGAAGGUUUCUAUAUGAGAUUGAACUGAGGCUGAGCAUACAAUAAUAAAUAGACAUGCCUGCAUUGAAAAAUCAGCAGGGUUUUGAUGAAGAGGCAGGAGAGGUUGUUUGCAUAAUAUAGUUUACUCCAAUUCUUGAUUACAGUAAAACAAGCAUCCUCCCCAAACUAGUUAGCUAGCUCUUAUAUUUACUACCUGGCUUUAGUAACAGAAUUUGGCAACAGCAUAUAGCAUAGAGCUCUGAAAAAUGGGGGAAUUGUGUUGGCUGAUCUCAUUCUGAGGCAUCCCUUCUGUUGAUUUUUCCCCCAGAAGAACCUUCUUGUAACACAGAGGGACUCCUUUCUGCUAUUGCUAUGUGUUUUUUUAAGUGUUUCCACUCCAAAACCAGUUUGGUAUAGAGUGUAAGGCACCAGCCUAGAAACCAGGAGACCAUGAGUUCUAGUCCCACCUUAGACAAGAAGCCUGCUGGGUGAUCUCAGGCCAGUUAUGCCCUCUCAGCCCAGGAAGUAGGCAAUGGCAAAGCACUUAUCUUGCCAAGAUAAGUCAGGGUCUUGUCCAGAUAGUUGGCAGGAGUCAACACUGACUUCUGAGUGCAGACACACAAAUAAGCACAUGCUUCAAAACAGCAGGAAACAAUUCGGCAUUGUAGCGCUGCUCAAGGGACUUGGAGCUGCACCUAUUUCAAAUUAUUCACAUAUAGUUUCUUUUGUUUUGCUUUUUAGUAUGUCUCAUUUUUUAUCAGCAUGCAGAAAGCAGACACCAUUAUGCAAAGAGCAUAUUGUAUGAUAAAUUUUCUGAUGCAUCUGUCCAAAUAAUUUAAUGAAGGUAUUAAAUACUUACUUGAAACAUAAUCUCUUUUAAGGAAAUUUAGGGUUUUAAAAAGUAUAGAAGGGGGGAGAAUCUAGGUAAAGAAUUGGUCUGCUGUUCUUCCAUAGUGAAUUUGAAAAGAACGCUGCUAGCUCCUUUUUCUGAAAGGUUCGGGAUGAGUAUGUUAAUUUCCCCCAGUCAGGGAAAAUUAAAUGAACCGGAGUUUGAUUUACAUAAUAGUACUUCAGAUAUUUCUACAAGAGUAUGGAGGAGGGUAUUUUUCUUCUCAAUGCUGUGGUAUAAUGUCCCAGGAGAUCCAAUAUACAUACUGUAUUACCUGCUCAAUUAUAGCGUGGCUUCACUAGAGGGCAGCCUUACCCUUUGUGAUACAAAUGGACAAAGAGCACUAAGAAAAUGUCCUAUUACUGGUUUUUUGCCUGAAAAGUAGUAAAAAAACGUUGCAUUGUUUAGACAAUGUCUUAACAAGGAAAAUCUCAGAUACUUCUUCAUCUACUGCAACAUGGAAAAAGACUUGUCUGGUGCUUGCUUAAAAGCUGACUGUGGUAUCACAAAAUGCAAAACUAUGGAGCUAAAAUUACUGCAUAUCAGAAAAGUAACCUGGAGGCAAAUUAUGCUAGUUAUUAUCAAAAAAGCACUAAGAAUGGGUUUUUUUUUUAAAGAAAAGAAGCUGAAAACAGACUGAUUUUAACAUUCCCAAAUUGUCUAAGUGCAGUAAAGAGUUGUUUUUGUUCUAAGGCAUUUGUACACCCUUAAAUAUUUGAGAUUAUUCCAUUUGCUAAAUGGAAAGAAAAAAAAAUGGGCAGGAUAUUGCAAAUCCACAAUUUUAAUUAGAUUUGCUAAGCUGUUCUCAAAAUGUGGAAAAUAGACAUAAGACAUCAACUUUAUAGUGGUACUUUAUGCAGAUGUAGACUGAUGCAAAUGUACACACAGAAGAUGAGUAAAAGGCAAUAGAUUUAAUAAAAUGGGCAGUAGACCUCCAAAAGGUUAUGAUUCUCAGGGUAAUUAGAAGUGAAUUCACAUGCUAUUGUUUAACUCAGGUACCUAACAAAUUGAAUUCUGAACAUAUUCAGAGAUUCCCUAAUUUUCAAUUCUAGAUACCUCUUGCAUUUUGUUCUGAUUAAAAGGAUCAUGAAAUAUUUUACAUGUGUGUAUGCAUGUGCUUGUGCACAUGCGCGCACGCGCACACAUAUUACUUUGCUGCAUACCAUAAUCUGACAAUCACAUGCCCUUUUUAUAAUUUAAAUACACUUCAGUAAAAGAGAUGUGUCUGCAAUCUUCAUGCUUUAAAAGGGUAGUGACCCUGAGGAAUAGAUUUUCAAGUUGUGCCUUUAAAAUAUUUUCAGGUUGGUUUUGGUUCAAGUAUUAUUGAAGUUUAAAGAUACUAUUACUUAUUCAGGUAUAAUGGUCUCUUUGAUUUAAAAAUAUCUUAACCCCUUCUUUGGCCUGUAAGUCCAAAGGAAAAAAAAGUGUCUAUUCUUGCUACUAUAUUCAACAUAAGAGUUGAGCAGCCCAGAGCAAAAGCAAAUUAUUUUCUGUGGUCUAAAUAACUUGAGCAGAAGGUAGAUCUGAGUCUGAGAGUAAAUUAGUCAGCAAUUUACAGUAGAUUGGCAAGGAUUUUUAAAUCCCAAAUGUACAGCCGCAAGAAAAUUACUUCCCACUAGCUCUAAAUAUCUUGAUGAAGUAAACACAGUUUGAAAUAACUAAGAGUGUAGGGCUGUAGGGCUGUGAAUUCUCUUUAGGUCCUCUGUACAUUUCCUUGGCUCUGAAUUCUUGAAUUUUAAUUGUGUGCCUGUGUUCACCCCUCAUGCUAAGACAAAAAGUAAGAAUGAGCCUUUUUGUGGCUGAAAGCUAUACUUAAUAUUUUGUGGGAUGUAACUUCUGAGACGUUUGAAAACCAUAAAAGAUAGGGGAAUGAUACUAAUAAACUUAGUGGUACAAUAUA